AUGUCUGCUAAAACCCAGAACCCUAUGCGUGAUUUGAAGAUCGAGAAGUUGGUGUUGAACAUCUCGGUCGGUGAGUCUGGUGACAGAUUGACCAGAGCUUCCAAGGUCUUGGAACAAUUGUCCGGUCAAACCCCAGUCCACUCCAAGGCUCGUUACACCGUCAGAACUUUCGGUAUCAGAAGAAACGAAAAGAUCGCCGUCCACGUCACCGUCAGAGGUCCAAAGGCCGAAGAAAUCUUGGAAAGAGGUCUAAAGGUCAAGGAAUACCAAUUGAGAGACAGAAACUUCUCUGAGACCGGUAACUUCGGUUUCGGUAUCCAAGAACACAUUGACUUGGGUAUCAAGUACGACCCAAAUAUCGGUAUUUACGGUAUGGACUUCUACAUCGUCAUGGGCAGACCAGGUAACAGAAUCACCAGAAGAAAGAGAUGCAGAGCCGUCGUUGGUAACAACCACAAGACCUCCAAGGAGGACACCGUCGCCUGGUUCAAGCAGAGAUACGACGCCGAGGUUGUCGACAAAUAA